AUGCCUUCGAUAAACGACUUUACCCUGCUCAAACCGAUCAGCAAGGGCGCAUACGGAUCGGUGUUUUUGGCAAAGAAGCGCACAACGGGGGAUUACUAUGCGAUCAAGAUCUUGAAGAAGGCAGACAUGAUUGCCAAGAACCAAAUCAGCAACGUCAAGGCCGAGCGGGCAAUAAUGAUGGCGCAGACGGGGUCGCCGUUUGUCGUGCGUCUUCUCUACACAUUCCAGUCGCGAACGAACUUGUACCUUGUAAUGGACUACCUAAAUGGUGGAGACUGCGCGUCGCUGAUAAAGACAAUUGGCGCGCUCCCUCUGGAUUGGGCGCGGCAGUACUUAGCCGAAGUGGUUUUGGGCAUUGGGGAUUUGCAUGGGCGCAAUGUUGUGCACCGCGACCUGAAGCCGGACAACCUGCUGAUCGAUUCUGAGGGGCAUCUAAAGCUGACAGACUUUGGGCUAUCCAAGCUUGGAUUUCUCGGGCGCCGCGUCGACCACCAAGCGCAGCCACACAAUCACGCUCUGGGCACGCCUGACUACAUUGCUCCCGAGAGCAUUUUGGGACUAGACUCGGGAAAGAGUGUCGACUGGUGGGCGCUCGGUGUUAUCUGCUACGAGUUUCUAUUUGGGAUUCCACCGUUUCACGAUGAUACGCCAGAGAUGGUCUUCCGUAACAUCCUGUCUGCAGAGGUCGAUUUUUACGACGAGCUUCGCGAGCAGCUUGCUCAGGAAGGUGGCGACGACGACAACGCCGUUCCCGAGAUUACACCUGAAGCGCGCGACUUUAUAACUCGACUGCUGUGUCGCGACCCACGGCGGCGGCUAGGAUACGGGGGCGCAAGUGAGGUCAAGGCACAUGCGUUUUUCUAUGGUAUCGACUGGACCACUUUGCUGGAGACACAGCCGGCGUUCGUGCCCCAGACUGAAAGCAUGGAAGACACGGAAUACUUUGACGCGCGA